UUCCCACCUGUCGAAAAUAUUGCGUGAAACUAUGGCAACCCUUGACAUUCAAUGAAACCCAAACAAUCAUAUUUCAAUUUUAUUUACAAAAUAUUUUCGAAAUAGUGAAAAGUUCAUAAAGAUGCAGUUAAAAUUUUUGAAAACUCUCAUCGAAGGUCAGGAAUACUUGAACCGUGUAGCCGGUCUUAGUUGGUCGCCGAAUCAUCAAAAAUUAGCAGUAGCUACAGCCGACAGACAUGUCCUUAUAUUUGAUGAAUCCGGCGACAGAAGAGAUAAAUUCUCGUCUAAACCGAGUAAUCCCGCGAAUGGAAAGACGUCUUAUGUUAUUAGAGGAUUAGCAUUUAGUCCUGAUUCAACUAAAUUGGCUGUGGGACAAAGUGAUAAUAUUGUGUUUGUUUAUAAACUUGGUGAAUUGUGGAAUGAUAAGAAAGUGAUUUGUAAUAAAUUCCCUCAAUCGGCGGCAGUGACGGCGCUGAUAUGGCUGUCGACAGGAGCAAUUAUAGCAGGUCUUGAAGAUGGAAAAGUACGUGCACUGCACUGCAAAACAAACAAGUCACAAAGCCUUUAUAGUGCUGAAAGUAUGACUAUUUCAUUUGCACCAAACACCAAAGGAACGGGUUUCCUUUCGGGCCAUAAUGAUGGUACAAUUAUUCGAUUUUUCCUAACCGAAGGCAAUGUCGAAUCUUCAGGAAGACUAGUUCAACAUUCGGUUCCGCCUUUUGCUUUGGGUUGGCCUCAAGGUGGAUUCUGUGCCGGAGGAUGUGAUCAACGAAUUGUUUUCUAUGACUCCCAAGGUCGACAAGUUCGAACAUUUGAUUAUUCCCGAACUGAAGGUGAACGAGAAUUCACAGUAGCCACCUGCAGCCCCAAUGGACAAGCUGUGGCUUUUGGAAGUUUCGAUAGGAUACGUAUUUUUACAUGGAGUCCACGCCUGCAGGCUUGGAGUGAAACCGCCAAUAAGGAAAUUGACUACUUUUAUACUGUGACUUCGAUUUUGUGGCGCAAAGAUGGAGCCAGGUUAGCCAUAAGCUCAGUAACAGGAGCUGUAAUAAUAUUUGAAUCAGUCCUAAAAAGAACUGUAUGGCAGGAUAAAUUCGAACUUAUCUUCGUUGCUCCCAGUCAACUUUUGGUGAAAUCCAUUCAAGAACCAAGUGAACAAAUGACCAUUGAAUCCACUCUCGGCCUCGAAAUAGACGAUGUAAGAAUCAUGGGAAAGGAUAACUUUUUGGUGGCAAGAACUGAAGAUUCUCUGAUUUUGAGUGAUCUAACUCGAAAUCUAGUGAGUGAGGUACCUUGGUCAAUAACUGGACGACACGAACGGUUCUAUUUUGAGAAUCCAACUGUUUGUUUGAUUUUCAACGUUGGUGAGUUAUCUUUGGUCGAGUAUGGAGAAAAUCAAAUUCUUGGAUCCGUUAGGACCGAAUUUGUAAAUCCUCACGUUAUUUCUGUGCGAUUAAACGAAAGAGGCAACUCUAGAGAUAACAAAAAAUUGGCAUUUCUUCUUGAUGCUAAAACAAUUUGUGUUGUGGACCUUAUUUCCCAAACAGUUAUAAGCCAAGUUAAUCAUGAUUCGAAGAUCGAUUGGAUCGAACUAAGUGAGACGGCACACAAGCUUCUCUUUCGAGAUAAGAAAUUGAGGCUCAUGUUAGCCGAUAUUUAUGCUGGAAAGAAGCAAACCCUGCUCGGAAACAUAUCCUUCGUUCAGUGGGUGCCCCAAAGUGAUGUCGUCAUAGCUCAGAGUAACAAUAAUUUGGCCAUUUGGUAUAACAUAGAUCUGCCGGAACACGUAACCAUGAUGCCAAUUCGUGGAGAUGUCCUGGAAGUUAUUCGAGAAAGUGGUCGAACAAUAGUUCGAACCCAAGAGGGUCCAACGGAGCACACAUAUCUCUUGGACGAGGGUCUGGUUGAAUUUGGGACGGCAGUCAAUGACAGUGAUUUCGGACGAGCCGUUCAGUUUCUAGAGACCUUAGGAGAUAAGCCCGCUGCGAAGGCUAUGUGGCAUAACUUAGCUAUUAUUUCUCUAGAAGACGGUAAUUUGCGAGUUGCUCAACGAUGUUACGCUGCUCUCGGAAACGUUUCCAAAGCAUUCUAUCUGCAAGAAAUGAUUGCAGCUGCGGAUAAAUACGAGGAGACAAUGGGUCCGGGAAUUAUGUGUCCUGAGGUGAGGGCAAAGUUAGCCCUCCUUAAUUCGGACCUUAGAACGGCAGAGCGAAUCUACUUGGAGCAGGGUGAAAUUGAAUCAGCUCUGCAAAUGUAUAAAAUGCUUCGGAUGUGGGAUGAAGCUAUCAACUUGGCUGAACGGAGGGGAUAUCCUUUGUUGCCACAGCUCAAGGAAGACCAAAUGAGUUUCCUUCUUUCUUCGGGUCAGGAAGAGAAAGCCGGACAGGUGCUUGAAGAGCAAGGUGAAGUCGAAAAAGCUAUGACCCUUUAUCUGAAGGCCAACAAACCUGCACGAGCAGCCAGACUUGCUUUGAAGACUUCAAAUCUCUUAGAAAACGAAAGCAUGAUGCGAAAAGUCACCGAAGGACUGGUCAAUUGCGAACUAUACGAAAUGGCUGGUGACAUUGCUUACAAGCUUUCAAAUCCCGAAGCUGCUUUGACCUUAUUCCGUAAGGGCAGUGCAUACGCAAGGGCUCUGGAGUUGGCCAGGCAAGUGGCUCCUGGGGAAGUGACUAGUCUCGAGGAAGAAUGGGGUGAUUGGUUGGUAUCGAAAAAGCAAUUAGAUGCUUCAAUAAAUCACUACAUCGAGGCGGGAGCCACACGGAAAGCUCUUGACGCAGCUGUGGGCGCAAAGCAAUGGCGAAAAGCCGUUCAAAUCGCCAAAGUCUUAGACGAACCAGAAGAGAUUCAAAAGUACGCUCUAGACCUCUCGAAACAUUUGGCCUUUGCCGGAGACCUGGAUGGUGCUGAAGAUCUUUUGGUUCGUGCAAAUCUCUUCAAAGAAGCCAUUGAACUUUUAAACAAGCACGGGAAAUGGGAGAAGGCGUAUUCCAUUGGGGAAAAGUACCUCAAUUCAGAGGAGAUGCGAGAUCUUUUUGUAAGUCUAGCUGGGAACUUAGAAGAACAAGGAAAAUACCGAGACGCGGAAAAGGUUCUUCUUGCCGUGAACGAGCCCGACUUAGCUAUUGCCAUGUACAAGCGACAUGAGCUGUACGAUUCAAUGAUUCGUUUAGUGGAGAAAUUUCACAAGGAACUGGUCGAUAGUACACACCUUCAUUUGGCUCGUCAACUCGAGACCAAAGGGAAGUUCAAGAACGCAGAAAUUCACUUCAUCGCUGCUGGUGACUGGAAGUCAGCUGUCCACAUGUAUUGCACUGCCAAUCGCUGGGAAGAUGGUUACCGUGUGGCCAAACAAAAGGGAACAGACGGAGCUAGCAAUCAGGUGGCCUACAUGUGGGCUAAGUCACUGCCAGUAGAAGGUGCUGUCCGGUUAUUGACCAAGCUUGGCUUGCUUGAUACUGCCCUAGGAUUUGCUUGUGAUUCAGGACAGUUUGAGUUUGCCAUGGACCUUUGUCGAAUAUCAGGCAAACCCACCGACGAGGUUCAUUUAAAAAUCGCCAUGUCCCUCGAGGACGAAGGAAAGUUUGAAGAAGCCGAAGUUGAGUUUAUCAAGGCCAACAAACCAAAAGAAGCAAUCCUGAUGUAUACCCAUGCCGGUGAUUGGAAAGCAGCUGUGAGUGUUGCUGAGACUCACCUACCGGAGGCUGUAAAUGAAGUUUUGGUCAAUCAAGCUGCGGCAGCAUUGGAAACUCGAAACUUUGCGGAGUACGAAGCAUUACUUUUGAGAGCUCAGCGCCCGGACAUAAUCAUUGAAUACUACAAAGACAACGGAAUGUUCGACGAAGCUUUGCGCAUAGCCGAAGAACACCAUCCAUCGUCCUUGAACGAUCUCAAACGUUUGCAGACCCAAGAUCAACGAAGAAGUGCCCAUACCGGGGAUGAUUCCAGAGCAUACCUUCAAAAGGCAGCCGAGUUUGCAAAACGUGAAGAUUUUCGUAAAGCCGCUGAGUGUUUGAUGCAAAUAAACAGCUCCAACGCCGAUGAACCAACCGUUGAAAGGGCUAUGGUACGAGCUGCGGAGAUAUGUAAUCAAUUCUUAGAGGGCAAGGACGCAACUUAUAUUGCCCAUCAAUUAGGGCCGAGAUUGCUUGAAAUUCGACAGAUAGGACUAGCUGCGCAGAUAUAUUUGUCAUCGGAUCUGCCUAAGGAAGCGGUUGAUGUUUUCAUCAAAUCCGAGCAGUGGGCCAAGGCGAGGCGUCUAGCGAAGGAAAUCGACCCGGAGUUGGUUCUCUAUGUCGAACAACAGCAGAAGUCAAGGCUGCAGAACGAAGGAAACGUCGAACAAUUGGCUGAUAUUGAUAUAAUGAGUGCUUUGGACAUGUUGGCCGACCAAGGGCAAUGGGUUCGAUGCUUGGACAAGGCCAAGAAUAUCAGCAGUCCGGUUCUGCACAAGUAUCUGGCUCUCUAUGCUGCUCAGUUGAUUCGUGAAGGAGAUGCCUCUGCAGCGCUUGGGUUGUACCUUACCCAUGGAACACCACCACUCGAAGCUAAUUUUAACAUCUACAAUCGAAUUGCUCUGGAUUGUUUUGCACUAAGAGAGGAAAGCGCCAACGAAUUGUGGAAAGAUUUAAGGAACUAUCUGUUCAAACUUUGGCAGGCACUUCGAGCGUCGGAGUUUGCCGCUUCAAAAAUGCUGGAUACUGUAGAACAGUUGCUUCUAAUAGCCCAUUAUUAUGCAACUCGAGCCGCCUGCCGACAACUACCUUCACUUCAGCCAAUCGCUGUAAGAAUUUCAGUAGCUUUGCUUCGUUACACAGAUGUGAUACCAGUCGACAAGGGAUUCUUUGAAGCUGGGAUGGAUCUUCGUGCGGCUGGACGUGAAUCCGAGGCUUUUGUCAUUUUGAAUCACUACUUGGAUGUGUGCGAUGCAAUUGAAGAGGGUUCCGGCAAUCUGGUGGAUCACUCCGAUCUAUCAGUCACAGAUUUCCCCAGCUCUGUGCCUUUACCCGAGGAAAUUCAUUUAAAAACCGAUCUCCACCUCCACGAAGAAGUUCGUGAAUGGGUGCUCGCAGUUAGUAUGGAUCAACAAGUUGAUCAGGUACUGCCAGUUGACGAUCGUGGAAUGUAUGAAUCCAGUUUAGGAGUCAGCGAUUUACCGUGUGUCCUAAGUGCUUAUCCUGUCCGAGGACGUCAGCCGGUAACAUUCAAAACUUCAAAUCGUCAAUCCAAUCGUGAUAUUUGGAGUAAAUUUAGUGUUGCAUUGAAAAUGGCACCCACCGGGGGCAUUCCAGAUGUCCUAGAUUUCACUGAAAAAUGGUGUGGUCCUGCAAACUUUACAAUGCAUUGAAAGAAAUUAAUAAAAAAGCUCAGCAUUCACAUUUAUAUAA